GACAUGGAUAAAAUUCAGCUGAAUAACGCCACGCAGAUAAAAUCUUGAGAAGGAAUCACAAAGCCAAACGGCCGCCGAAUUAACGGUUGGAUCGAUCUCGGCCUCUCCUUUUUCUGCUGCCACCUCUGCUCUUCAUAUGCUUCUUGCCAAUUGAAUGAAUUGAUCGAUCGAUCGAUGUUGCUGCAACUUGCAUACAUGGCCGAUCAUAUGCGCCCGCGCGUAUAUGCGCGCACUUUCCCUCUCCCGUCAACCGCGCCCACAUGAUUCAGGGGAGAGAGAGAGAGGGCUCAGAGAAGGAAGUGCAUUCGCGCGAUAUCUGCGUGAUUACGUCCGUGCGUUACAACUUUUUAAAAAAAUCUCACAGUUUUAUUGUUAUCCCUGCGAGAAAAUAGAAGGCCGGAACCCCACUGCAGCCGGGUGCCUGUAUAUAUAUAUGCUACAUUCCUAUGCAGAGCAGCAGAGUCGAGAGAGAGAGAGAGAGAGAGAGAGAGAUCGAUACGGUUGCGAGAUUGAUCGAUCGAUCGAUCGAUCGGAUAUAUGCCAUGAUGAGAGAUGAAGAGGAGGAGGAAGGGGUGGUGAUCAUCAUCCGGGAGUACGACCCAUCGAGAGACCGCGCCGGCACGGAGGCCGUCGACCGGGAGUGCGACGUCGGCCCGACCGGCGGCAUGUCGCUCCACGCCGACCUGCUCGGCGACCCCGUCGCCCGCAUUCGCCACUCCCCUGACUACCUCAUGUUGGUAGCUGAGACGACGUCGGGCGCCACCGGCGGACGGAUCAUCGUCGGCAUCAUCAGAGGCACCGUGAAGUCGGUCGCCACCGGCAAGAGCUGCCCGGGCGCCCCCGCCGUCGCCAGCGUCGGCUACAUUCUCGGACUCCGCGUCGCGCCGAGCCACAGGAGGAUGGGGUUGGCGCUGCGGAUGGUGCGGCGGAUGGAAGCGUGGUUCGAGCGGAUGGGAGCCGAGUACGCGUACAUGGCCACCGACAAGUCCAACGAGGCGUCGCUGCGGCUGUUCACGGUGCGGUGCGGCUACUCCAAGUUCCGGACGCCGUCGCUGCUGGUGCACCCCGUGCACGCGCACCGCCGCCGCGUCCCGCGCCGCGCGGCCGUGUUCCGCCUCGGCGCCCGCGACGCCGAGCGGCUGUACGACGGCAGGUUCGCGCACGUCGAGUUCUUCCCCGCCGACAUCGGCGCCGUGCUGGGGAACCAGCUCUCCAUCGGCACGUUCCUCGCCGUCAUCGACGACGACGGGAGGUGGCGCCACGGCGAGUGGCGCGGGGCCGAGCGCUUCCUGGCGUCCCCGCCGGCGUCGUGGGCGCUGGCGAGCCUCUGGGACUGCGGGGGCGUGUUCCGCCUCGAGCUGCGCGGCGCGUCGCGCCUUCGCCGCGCCGCGGCGGCCGCGACGCGCGCGCUGGACCGCGCGGCGAGGUGGAUGCGCGUCCCGUCCGUGCCGGACUUCUUCCGCCCGUUCUCCGGGUGGUUCGUGUACGGCCUCGGCGGCGACGGCCCCGACGCCGCGGUGGCCGCCGAGGCGCUGUUCGCGACGUUCGUCAACAUGGCGCGCGGCAGGGCGGCCGCCGUGGCCGUCGAGGUGGCGGCCUGCGACCCGCUCCGCCGCCGCAUCCCGCACUGGCGCCGCCUCUCGUGCACCGAGGACCUGUGGUGCAUGAAGCGGCUGGGCCGCGUCGGAGAAUCGGACGGCUGGGAUUGGGCCAGGUCACCUCCUGGCCUCUCCAUCUUCGUUGACCCCAGAGAAGUGUAAGUAAAAGAAAUCAGCGGCGACCAGAGUCAAGAGUGUAGCUAGACCGUACGAUCUAAACCCUUUUCUUUUUUCUCUUCUGCAUCUCGGUAUUUUUCUCCUUUGGUUUAGGUGAGCCUUUUACACGGUUCGUUUUGGGAGGCAAUCGAGUUUUUGUAGGAUACACUGCCCUAAUUAUAAUCGGAAAAAAGCCGGAAUCGAUAGCAAUAUCGAGAGCUCUUAUCUUGUUGAUGCUGCUAUCCGUAAUGAUUUGUGCCGUGACGGCUGACAGAAUACGUGGCCCGCCCGAGCUCUAACAUGGAAAUGCAGAGAUUGUGUGGUGGGGCUCUAUAACCUUACCAAACCUUCGUAUCAAA